AGACGUGGGUAUAAAUAUUCUAACGUGGCCAACAUUAACUCAUAAUCAUCGAUACAACAACAGCUACAGCAGCUCCUCGUCGUCUUCUGAGGCUUUACUCUGCAACUAAAGAACAAUGAAACGCAGCUCCGUUCUGCUUCUGCACCUUCUUCUGGGGUCAUGCUCGACCUACGCCUACGAAAACGUGGCCUUGCGGGGAAAAGCGACCCAGUCAACACGCCACCUGCACCCUUGGUCAUCUGCGGACAAUGCCAUCGAUGGAAACCGUGAUACUAACUCCGGCUCUGGAUCGUGCACUCACACUUUAGUAGAGGCCAACCCAUGGUGGAGGGUAGACCUACUGGAGUCGUACAUCGUCACCUCCCUCGUCAUCACCAACAGAGGAGACUGCUGUGCAGAAAGGCUCAACGGGGCUGAGAUUCACAUCGGUCACUCUUUAGAAGACAAUGGAGUUGGAAAUCCACUGGUUGGAGUCAUCUCUCAUGUCCCAGCAGGCAGGUCUUUAAAAGUCACCUUCACCAAACUUGUGGUGGGACGUUACGUGACUGUGACUCUGACUGGUCCAGAAAAGAUCCUUUCACUCUGCGAAGUGGAAGUGUAUGGGUACCAUGCACCAACUGGAGAGAAUCUGGCACUCCAGGGACAAGCUACACAGUCGACACUGCAUGCAACAGGUUUUGCAAAUCUUGCCAUAGACGGGAAUCGUGCCAGCGACUGGGCCGAGGGAUCUUGUAGUCACACCACCAAAACUAUGAACCCCUGGUGGCGACUGGAUCUGGGCAAAACACACAGAGUGUUUUCUGUUAACAUCACCAACUACAAUACUCAUCCUGAACUAAUUAACGGAGCUGAGAUCCGCAUCGGAGAUUCCCUUGACAAUGACGGCAACAACAAUACCAGGUGUGCUGUGAUUACCAGCAUUGCUGGAGGUUUCACUGAAAACUUCAACUGUAACGGGAUGGACGGCCGCUACGUCAACGUGGUCAUUCCUGGAAGGGUGGAGUACCUGGCUGUGUGUGAGUUUGAGGUCUAUGGAUCCAGACUGGAUUAGAUCUCAGAGGAGGUUGAACAUUUU